CAAGCUCUUCUCCUUCGGUCUUUUGCUGAAGGUGCCCGAAAGUGGACUUUCGUUGAAGACAAGAAGAUGCCACGAGGAUUUUUGGUAAAAAGGAGCAAUAAACGCACCUCGGCGGCAUCGUACAGAAUACGGGAUGAGGACAAGGAGUUGCUUAAAGCGGACCUACCGAUACAAACUACAGACGGACCGACCAGGAUGUUAGUUGAAUACCCAUAUAUGACAGCGGCUAACCCCAUCGGAGAACCGUGGAAAAGCUCACCUGUAACAAGCGACCACGCAGGGCUGCGUGAAGACUCCGCGGACGUAGAGAGCGGGGCGAAUGUCGCGGAUUACGCAGAAAAUUAUGUAAGCAAUCCAGAAUUUAUCAGAUCCCCGUGCAGCGGUAAUGACUCCUACAGUCCCACAAAGCCAGUCAUCGUAGAGUUGAAGCAGUCCUUUUUUGAUAGGUGCCUGAGUUCACCGGCAAGAGCAGAGUCGUUCCCUCUGAGUACGCCCGUGUCUUCCAUUGAGCGGCUCCUCAUGAGCCACGGGGAGCUGAAGUUUGACUCGCCCCUGCACCCUUACCCCCCAUUUCAACAGAGUACAAAACGAUCUUGUAUAGAGUCAGACCGCAAGACCAAGCCACCAGCCAAAAAGCCCAAAGUUAUUAGGAAACUUAACUUUGAAGACGAAGUCACUACUUCACCUGUCCUUGGGCUAAAGAUAAAGAAAGAAAGCCCUGAACCAAAAGUGGCACCAACGUCGUCUGGGAGAAAGAAGCCACUGGGUGAGUUUAUCUGUCAGCUCUGUAAAGAGGAGUACCCAGACCCCUUCUCUUUGGCACAGCACAAGUGCUCCAGGAUUGUCCGCGUCGAGUACCGCUGUCCCGAGUGCGACAAAGUCUUCAGUUGUCCCGCAAAUCUGGCGUCGCACCGCAGAUGGCACAAACCUCGCAACAUUACCAACGAGCCUCUGAGUGGUAAAGCGCCGCAGCACGGUGACAGUCUGCACGACAAGUCGUCGGUCGAAGGGAAGGAGAACUCGAGUAAGGCUCGAGUUAACGGUCAGCACCUCGUCACCCUGGAUAGCGCCCAGUGCCUCCGGCCAACGGAAAGCACGCACGGAGAAGACCACCUUCGCAGAGGGUCACAGGAGGGUCCGCCGUCGCUGGAUCAGCCGUAUGCGUCUACAGAGAAAUGUUAUGAGCUGCACAGGACCUCGAAUGACAACGCGCGGCUGUUUGAACGCUGCCCCGAGGCGAACGACUCCUCUCCCGCUGGAUAUCUGUCCUCUCCCGGCGGAGCGGAGGACGUGUACGGGUGCCACUACUGCGGCAAAAAGUUCAGAAGACAGGCAUACUUGAGGAAACACCUCGCCGCACACGAAACCAUAAAGGCUGUCCCGUAUAACCACAUAGAGAGCGGACAAAUCACUUUUCCCUGCCAUCUGUGCGGCGCGCAUUUCCCCUCGGGGGAGAUUCGUGAUAAACAUAAACUCUGGCACGCAGUAAGAGACGACAUAUUUGUGGGACCGGGGAAAACAGCGAGUGCAUUAAUGAUACCAGACCUUAAUCCGGGAGACCAGCAGGUAUUUUCGUGUAAACACUGUCCGUCGACCUUUUUCAGCUCACCGGGUUUGACAAGGCAUAUCAACAAGUCUCACCCCACGGAGACGCGGCAGGUCAUGUUGCUUCAAAUGGCGGUCAGGCCGGGAUGCUGAUGCUUACGUUACCGAGCAACGGACCUGACAAACAGCCGACACUUAUAGCCAUGUUCAUGGAUUAUGUGAUAGUACAGAAUAAGACGUGUUU